AUGACAAGCACCCUCCCGCCGCUCGUCCAGGCCUGCUCAGGAGCCAUCGGAAGCGCAGCUGCAAAUGCAUCGUCUUACCCACUCGACCUCGUCUGUACACGUCUUCAGACCGCCGACUCGCCGAAACGGCAAGGCCUUUCAACCGCAAUCGACACGCUUAAGCGCAUCCUACGUAAACGCGGAGUAGGCGAGCUGUACGACGGUCUCGAGACCGACACAGCUGCCACGCUUGUCUCAAGUUUCUUCUAUUUCUACUCAUACUCUUUCCUCCGAAACCGUAUCUUCAAGCGAAGCGGCGUAAAAGUCUCGACUACAGUUGCUGCACUCGAAGAAAUCGCUGUUGGAUUUUUAGCGGGUGUCGCGAGUCGAGCGGUCUCCACUCCACUUAGCCUCGUCACUGUCCAAUUACAAAAUGCGCACAACCUCCACACUGAGGAAGAAAAAGAAAACCAUGCCUCCAAUGCUCACGAGCAUAAUGAGUACGAUGACGCAAAGCUUUUCAGCUCGGUAGCGAGUGUCAUUAAGCAUAUAUAUAACGAAAGUGGCAUCCUCGGGUUCUGGCGAGGCUUCGAAACAACCACACUCCUCUGCCUCAACCCCUCCCUCACACUCUUCCUCUUCCAAGCCUUCCGUCAACUCUUUCUCAGAGGAAAGAACCGCGAACAGCCAACUCCUCGUCAGGCUUUCCUAGGUGCAGCGAUGUCAAACGUCAUAGCUGUGACGAUUCUCUACCCACUCAUACUUGCCAAAACGCGUCUCCAGGCCGCACGCCGAAAAGCCUCUCCCUCUCCCUCUCUGUCAUCUUCAUCGACUGAGAUAUUGGAGAAGACCAACAACCCAAGGAGAACAAAGAGGCCAAUACCACACUCAAUGCUCGACGUCUGGCGCACAGCAUAUAUACACAACGAUGCCGGUUUUGCCGGUCUGUAUCAGGGCCUCGAAGUCCAACUCCUGAAGGGGUUCUUGAGCCAGGGGUUGGCUAUGAUGGUUAAGCAGAGGCUGGAACAGCUCGUCAUUGCAGCAUACUUAUACCGAAUUCGCACGAGGAAAGGAAUACUCCCAUAG